CAGACGUGGAGUGGAACUGCUGCAGCUGCUGUGGAACCGUGCCUUGUUGUUGGAUGACUGCAAUGUUCCUGUGUGUGUGAGUGAGACCCAGUGAGUCAGGAACAGCAGCAGCAGCAGGAAUAUCCUCACAGUGCCACGACGCUCACUGACACACGCGCGCGCGCGUCCACGCUCCCACGACAGACAGACAGGCAGCGCUGACUCUGCUCCCAUAAUCAGCAUCCUAUGCUAUUCUGCUCAAGAUGGCGGUGCAGGCAGUGGAAAAGGACGGAAUAGUGUUGAAGAAUGUGGACGAUGACCACCUGAAUGACUCGCUGGGGAACCCCGGCCUCAUCUCACCUGACAAAGAGGAUAUAUCACGUCUCUUGACUGUUCCAUUCAGCGGACGUAUCCGUGGCGGCAUGCGGCCAGGGAAGAAGAUCAUAGUGAUGGGCAUCAUCGACCUGGAGCCAGACAGCUUUGACGUGAGCCUGACCUGCGGCCGAGACUCGGAGAAGGAGGAGGUGCCUCACGACAUAGCCCUGAAACUCACUGCCCGUUUCAGUGACCGCCAGUUUCUACGCAGUGCCCGUAUUUCCGGGAAAUGGACACAAGAGGAGGCCUCCACUGACUACUUUCCCUUCAUCCCUGAUCAGCCCUUUAGGAUUGAGAUCCACUGUGAGCACCAGAGGUUCCGGAUAUUUGUGGACGGACACCAGCUGUUUGACUUUUAUCACAAAGUAAAAUCUUUGCCCUCAAUCGAUACAGUACGGAUACAAGGAGAUCUACAGAUCACCAAGCUCGGUUAACAUCCCGACUCUUCCUGCUCUGCGAAGUCAUGUGUGAAGCAAGGACUUCAUCACAGAUGACCAUACACUCACACACACACACACACACACACUCAUACAUACAUACACGUCCGCUUGUUACGGCACGCCACUCAUAAUAACCCAACAUGCACCACUGCAGCAAAAUAGCAACUGGAAAACGUCUUCAGCAGUGACAAGUUAGAAAUCUGCAUACUUUCACUCACUCCUUUUGAUCUGUUGUGAUGAUGCUUUGUGGGUGAAUGUGUUUCCUUGUCUUUCAGGUGUUUUUCCUUGUAGCCCCAGUUUUGUCAGAUCAGGAAUCUCACAGCUUAUUAAUAGUGCAUCCUCUCUUUUUUUUCAUGUUAAAUCCUUUGGGGAUGCUGAGAUAGAAGCAGCUGUGGAAGUCUUUUCAAGCUCAGAUGUUACAGAAAGUAGUUACUCAGGAAAAUACGUCUGAAACUCAGCAGCUAAGGAAAAGGCAAGGUUUUAUUGCCCAGGGGUGAAAUUUUCUGAUUUCUUAAAUCUUUAAAGAUUCAGUGUAAUUAUUAGUGACACCCAAUGGCUGGGGCUGGUAUGUUGGUUUUGACUGCCUCCUCAAAGCAAGGGCAUUGCCAUAAGUACAGUACAUAUAUAAAGGCUUAUUCAUAGGUCUACAAAAACCAAAUGGUUAUUAUUUUAAAGCAGAUAUAUACUUAUGGGUAGCACAUUACAUUUCUGCCAAUAAAACUCAAUUAUUUAGGGAAGUUCUCCAACUGGUAGGCAUUAGGACAUGAUCAAACAGGAAGAAACAACACUGUUGGGUGGUGUUUGCUGUAAAACUCACAGUAUUGAACCUAAGUAGAUGCUUUUUAGAUUGUAGUCAUUUCAGAGAAAAUUAAAAUCAGAUUUGAUAUUGACUUAACCCACCUGGAUGUGCAGUUAACACAAUAGCACACAGUAUUUUACCCUGUCUCUGUGCCUGUGUAUCAACUCCAUAGGCACUCCUUCGCCCUUCCUUGGGUUUAUCCCAGUCGUCAUGGUAACACACUGCUGUCUCGCUGACCUCAAUAUCCAAAAAUGAGAAUUCUAUCAUGAGGAGAUGCCACACACUGAAUUCCACACUGUAUUUGUUGGUAGAUAUCACACAUUUUAACGAUCGCUGCAGCCAUACUCCUGUUUGGCGAACAGUAAGGCAAAGUUAUGACUUUAUUUAAUUCAAAUAACUUUAUUAUUAUAAGUUAUCUGAUCUUUUGUGUUCAACUCAGAAACAUCUGAGUUAUUUAAUAAUACAAUAUGCAACUCAUCCACGUAAAAAGCACACUCGCUUCACUAAACGGUGCUGUUGAAGUGCGCAGGUUAUGAUUGCAACUAAACAACAAAUCACGCAAAAACGCGUUCCACAGUCAACUGAGCCGGGAAAGGUUUAUCGAAUGUAUAUUAUUCAUGUUUCAGUGGUAGCAUAGACAAUUACAGUGAUGCACAAUAUGUUUACUUCAUGGCACAGUUUGUUAGUGGCAUGGCUGGUGCUGUUAUUUUCCAUUUCCAGUCAGACAAUAUGUGGUACGUGUUUUUAAAAGUGAGUCUGUAAUCAUUCCACGUUCAUGUCGGGUCCACACUGAAGCAGGUAGACGUUACACAGCAGUCUCGUCCGUGUUUACUGCAGCCAGUGGGUUGUUUUAGUGACUUGUAUCGUGACUGAUUUGUUUCUUUGUCCUCUCUGCACAGGACAUGUGUUUCUCCACUGAGGCGGACAGAAGGUUAUUAUAAACACAGUUUACCUGUAAUACAAAACUCAUCAGUAUUAUUGUUUUAAGGAGCUUGACAUCCACUAUGCUUUGCCACAAUGAACUCAAUAAGAAUGUCACUGCAACAAUUCUCAUGAAGGGAUGAUAAGAUGUAAUUUAUUUCUUUAUUAAUUGGUUAUAAAUCAUUCCCAAGACUUUAUAUAUCUCUAAUAAUGGAUAAUAAAAAUGACUACAGUGUCCAGGUUGUAAAAAAAAAAAGUCUUCAGUUUUUUUUUUAUUUAGUUUUGGUAAUGUCGUCUUAAUUGUAGUUGGUUCAGAUUAGGAGGCCAUAUGUGGAAAGCCAUAUGUGGAAAGUUGAGGGUGCACUUUUUUAUAGCUCCUUCUACAUUUCCUAACUCCUAAAUCAGAGGUCUCAAACUUGCGGCCUGCCACCAGUUUUUGCUAUUUACAGAUUCAAUUAAUCAUACAUAUGUUUUUUUAUUAUUAUUAUUAUUAUUAUUAUUAAUGUGAAUUAUUCCUCGUUCCUUGUCCAAACAAACUCUUAUUUUUAAAUUCUGUGAAACAUUGUCACCAAUAUUGAGACUGCGAUAUCAUGAUGGAAUAUUGUGACAUAUUUAUAAGCUCAUAUCUCCCAGCCAUACUUAACAGUUGGUUUAUUCCCUCAAAAGUUUUAUUUCUGAACACAUACUUCAUAUUGAUUUAAGUGGCGCACCAUGACCAAGUACUGAAAACAGCCUCCGUGUUAAUUCUUGCUGUUGCAGUUGUUACCAUACCAGCGCAUAAUGAUCAUGCAUUUAUCUAAUGCUGUGCAAUGGGUUUAAAACUGCUCAACGCAGCAUAGAGGGUUUCUUUGUUGCACUGAUCUCACUGCAGUGCUCUCUGGAAACGAUGCUUAGUUAGUCCGCAGUGACCAAAACGCAGAGAAGACGCUCUCAAUCUCACCGUUCUUGAGACAAUGUACGGUCGUGGAGCAGAACUCUCUUCUCCUGUUUGGUCAGACGGGGUCGUCUUCCUUGUUUUUAUCUUGACAGCUGCCGGUUUAUUUUUGAGCACAAACAGGAAAUGCGUAGUUUGUUAAAAGAGAGCAGCGACAAGUUCAAGUUCAUUAUCCACAACUGGGUUACAACAUGUGUGUACAAAGAAUGUGUAACUGUAUUUUACAACAGUUUUGUAAUGGUUUGUGUGUUUUCAUUUCUUUCAUGCUUAUGACAUGUUAUGUCAAUAUACUAAAGCCUGCACCAUGCAAACAAUGGGACCAUAAUUCAGCAGCCAUGUAAAAGAGCUAUUCUCAACAUACGACAAUUGUGUAUUGUUCCCAUUAGGUUUUCUUCAUAGUUGGCUGUGGUGCAGGUAUGUGAUAAGCCAGCAGGGUUACUGAUUUGGUACUUUUGCACAUUAAAUUAACAAGGUACUGGUUUUCAUUUAAGGGACCUACUAAUGCUUAAGUGGAAAUAGCAGGUCCCUGUCUCUGAUUUUGUUUUGAUAAUUAUCCUUACCACUAUAUGAUCUAGAACCCUUUAAAUGCAAAAAAGUGAAUGUCUUCAUAAAUACCCAGGUGGAAAUACUGUUUAUACUCCCCUCAGUUAUUCAGGAUGCUCCUACACACUGAUGUCAUUAGAUUUUCUGAGGGGAAUUUUCUGCACUCUUCCUAAACUCUGAUGUGUUUCUGAAACCGUGUAUUUGACCCAGGACUGUUUGGGACUUUGGAUGUACGCAUUUAUAAACACAACCUCACAGGUUUUGGUUUUCCAUGACAAAUAUAAAGCAGGAAGCGUUUUUUUCGAGCAUGUAUAAGUGACUUCCUGUCUGUUUUGUAAACAACAUAGACCGAGUUUAUUAUAUUCCUGUUUUUUUUUAUACUUUUUUUCCCAUUGCUCCAUUUUUUACCAUUUACCUGACGUGUUUUAAAGAUGAGACUUUGCUUAAAUUCCCGUUGAUUUAAUAUUACAUAUUGCUGACACAAACAUUUGGACCAGCGACACAAGAAUAUUAACUAAAGUUGUUUUGUUUGCUGGUUUUAGUAUUUACAAGUGAAACAGCAAAAUGGCUUCCUAAGAUGUCAUGAUAUCAUUUUUGAAAGUAGAAGACAAGUAGGCUCAUCUGUAGCUCAUGUAUUGUGUGGUUGUACGAUAAUUCUAUUUAUUACCAGCAGGGUGCGUGUGUGGUAACAUUAUACAUACUGUAUUGGUAACAUGCAAACUUUUGAUGUUUAUAUGAAAGCAUUUUUGAAAAGCUAUUGUUUUUUGUUUUUUAAGUAAAAAAACAUGUUUUGGCUCCAACAGUUGUAUUUUCAUGUGUGAGAUGUGUUGGAUCAAACUACUUUAGCUGCAAAACAAGGUGAACAACAUUUUAUAUGGCUGUGUCAAUACAAAAAUAAAGAUAAAAUACAAUGAUUCAAAUUCAAAUUCAAAUAAAUUAAAGGAGUAGUGAAUUAAAAAGGAAAAUGCUGACUUGGCUGACCCACAGGUCUAGGUACAACACAUGCAGUGUUAAAGGUGUUGUUUGCAAUGUUCUCUUCUGGCUAACUUCCUGUGCGUUGCUGAGGUUACCAUUUCCACCCAUUUAGCCUCAUGAAUGCAUUUUGUGAAGGGAGUAUAAUUAAUUCACAAAGACAAGUUUCUUUGUGGAGUUCUUGGCUCCGGAUUAACUGGAAAAGUUUCUCCAGGAUUUACUGACAGAGACGACGAGAACAAACUCACUCAAACAUCAGUGAUACCUGCUGGAAUAUACUGUAGACCUAUUUAACAUGCAUUCUACACUUUCCCACACUUGCUAAACCACUAAUCCAUUCUCUGAUCAAUUAAUCACCCAAACCCAUUAAUUGAACUUUUUAUUUGCAUAUCCUGCAAACCUCUAAAGUAUUCUCUAGUACUAAAACACAUUUUUGCACUGUGAUGUACUCGUUGUGCAUAUUGGGAGCCACAGGUUGCAGAAGUUACAGCACAGGUGUCACAGUUUACACAUAACUAGUUAAGUGUGAAGUGAAAACAUGUGUUGCUAAUGAUGUGAUGAAACCAAUAUAAGCCGGUUUAAAGAGCACAAGUCAGCUGAUCUGAAAACAAUGUUUUGAUAGGAUUGUUUGAUUUUUACCAGGAGAAUCUGUGUUUUUUUGUAUGUGUAAACCUAGCACAAAAAGUAAGGAAAAUUGUCUUUGGUUGAUUAUUUCUUUGUUGUAACAAUGCUUUGUGGUAAUAAAUCAUCCCACAGCAGUGUGGGACCAAGCUGGUGACCACCAUGAGGAGGAGGUGCCAGGCUGUUGUGGCUGUGUAUGGUUCUUCCA